GACAAGCGUAGAAAAAGUUUUCAUCAACAGCCGCCAUUUUGCGCUGGAGAGACUGAGAAGAAUUUCGGAAUUUGUCGUGUAAAUUUUCUGUUUUUUCUUACAUCAUUUAUCAUAAACUGUACCAUUCCGUGUAUUUUAAAGUGUUAAGUGAAAUUGUGUUAUUCGAUCUAUAAAAUAAGUCAUAUAAAGUAGCUAAAAUCUGGUGAUAUUGUUUUCAUUUAUUGUGCUAGUUCCGACGGAAGAUGGUGAGAGGGUCUGUGUAGCUCUUCGAUUCGGAGCUUUGUAAUGGCGAAUACUUGAGUGAGAAAUUUUAAUAUGUGCCUUCAAUGGUGCGAAGGACAUCGAACGAUCGUGAUGUGGGUGAAUUACACUAUGAUGGAUGACAAAUCGCUCUAAAAUGCUAUUUCUUAAAGAUUUAAGACAUAAAAGUGUUAUUUGAAUCGGCGGGCCGAAAUAUUCACGACGGCAUACGUUUAGUAAACAGAGCCAUGGCCGAUCAUCACGGGGAUGAGCCGCCUAAUAAGCGGCCAAAAAUCUUCCAGGGUCCAUCGGACUCCACGGAUGGGUUUUCAAACCUACAAGACAUGUUCGACCUCGAAAAGGACCUCCCCGAUGAAUUAAUGGGAGGUUCUUGGGCCGAACAGCCGGGCGUCACGGGGCCCAAGCCCCCUGCGCAGGGGCCCGGGCCCGGGGGGCAAAUGGUGCAGCAGCUCAAUGGGGACGACCCCACUGCUGCCAUGCAUAGACAGAUUAAUAAUCAUCUUAUACAACAAGCCUUUUCACAGGGCAACAAGGGUGGCUUAGUAGGCCACAACAACCCUUUAGGGUUGAGUAGCUUAGGAAGUAAGAGUCCAAGUUUACAGUCACCUCCCAAUGUGUCUGUAUCAAAGGAUUUGAUGGGUGGUAUGCAUCCACAACUAAUGCCAAAUACAAGUCAUCCAAAUCAAAUGCAUUCAAAUAUGCCAAUGAGUUCAAUACAAGGUAUGUGUGGUAUGAACGUGGCAAACGUUGGCAAUAUGAUAGUGACAAACAGUAAUAUGACUGGAGCCGGUAUGCUGGGCAGCGGCAUAAUUAAUAAUGUUAACAAACAACUCCCUACGCUCAUGGGAAAUAAUCAUCAUGGGACUCAGCACCAUCCUCAUGCUCAGACAAUGCAGAACGGUCCGUUGGGCGGGCGAGUCGGCGUCGGCAUGCAGGCGCCGAUGCGGACGAGCCUGCAGCACCAUCCGCGUAUGCAGGCGCCGGGCGGCGGCGGCCACCCGCUGGCGCCCUACCACCCCGCCUACGGGCAGUCGGCGCAGGGCCCGGGCGUGCCGCCGGCGCAGCGCGCGGCCGGCGUGCGCUUCGGGCCGCCGGGCGAGGCCGGCGGGGGCGCCGCGCAGGCCGUGCCGCCCGCGCCGUCGCCGCAGACGCCCGGCGCGCCGGCCGGCGGCCAGUCGCAGCCGCAGGCCGCCACGCAGGCCGCCGCGCCGCACCAGCCGCACCCGCCGCACCAGCCGCACGCGCCGCAUCAGCCGCCCGCCUCGGGCUCCAUCGCCGACCCGGAGAAGAGGAAACUGAUACAGCAGCAACUGGUGCUGCUGCUGCACGCACACAAGUGCCAGAGGCGGGAGUCCCAGUCGAACGGCGAGUCGUGGCAGUGUUCGCUGCCGCAUUGUAAGACUAUGAAGGGCGUGCUGAACCACAUGAUGUCGUGUCAGGCCGGCAAGAACUGCGCGGUGCCUCAUUGCUCAUCGUCGAGACAGAUCAUCAACCAUUGGAAACAUUGUAACAAAAAUGACUGUCCUGUGUGUUUGCCUCUGAAGCAGGCGGACAGGACUAGAAAUAAUAAUAUGAACGCUAUGUUUUUUCCGAUCCUAGCAGCGGCAGUGAGCCACACGACGACCGGUGUGAGCACCGGCGGCGUGGGCGGCGUGGGGCCCGUGGGCGCGGUGGGCGGCGUGGGCGUGGGCGUGGUGGGCAACGUGGGCGGCGUGGGCAACGUGGGCGGCGUGGGCAACGCCGCGGGGGCCAUGCCCGGCGUCAACUCGCUGCCAGGAGUCGCGCCCGCGCCCUCCGCGCCUGCGCCCACUCCUAACACACAGGGUGCGGACAUGAAGCGCGCGUACGAGGCUCUAGGCAUCGCGUGCCCGACGUCGGUGUCGAACAUGACGGGCGGGUUCCCGCGCGCGCCGCUGGCCCGCAUGGCCGUGCCGCGCCCGCCGGGGCUCACCGACGUGGUGCCGCAGCAGCCCAUGCAGCAGCUGUUCCAGCAGACCCAGCAGGAUCUGCAGCAGCAGCAGCUGAUGACUGCGAAUACCUUACAACUACCCGGCGGGCCGGUCACUGCGAACCCGGCGUCUGGCACGAAAGAAUGGCACCAGUCUAUAACAGCCGAUCUCAGAAACCAUCUUGUUCAUAAAUUGGUGCAAGCUAUUUUUCCUACGCCAGAUCCUCAUGCAAUGUUAGAUAAGAGAAUGCACAACUUAGUAGCGUACGCGAGAAAGGUGGAGGGUGAUAUGUAUGAAAUGGCGAGCACGCGGUCGGAAUACUACCACCUGCUCGCGGAGAAGAUAUACAAAAUCCAGAAGGAGUUAGAAGAGAAGAGACAGAAGAGAAAGGAGCAGCAGCUGCAGGCACAGCAGCAGCAGAAUCAGCUGACCCAAGGGCAGGGCAUUCCUCAGCAGCAAGUCAACGUGAUGUCUGGGGGUGGGGUGAUGACGGGCGUGCGACCGCCGGCGCCGAAUGCGGUAGCAGGGUUGUCCAGGCCACAAAUGCCGACGCAAUCAUUGCCUGGCAUGAGGAUCCCGUCGCCAGGACACGCGGGGAUGACCCUCGGCAUGCCCACCAACCGAAUGUCGUUCCCUACCAACCUCGUCGGGCCGCCAGGACCAAGUCCGAACCAAAUGCCUCAAACACCAAACGGCGGCACCGUGGUUGGCAACCCAGGCAUGUCCCCGUUCGGUCAGACGAUGACGUCACCCGCGUCCUACCCCGCGCUGCUGAGCAACGGCCCCGCCCCCCUCGCCUCGCCCAGUCAUCCCGAUACAAAGGUCCGGCUUCAAGGGCCCGUGCCGAACAGUCCGUUCGUGAACCACGCGACGUUCGCGGGCGCGUCGCCGGCGCCGGGCACGCCGCACACGCCGCUGGCGCACCCCAGCCCGGCGCCCGAGCGGCCCGCGUCCCGCCCGCCCGCGCCCGCGCCCGACCCGCCGCCGCCGCCCGAGAUAGACGACCAGGAGCAGGCGCAGGAGCGCGCCAGCAGUGCGCUGCUCAAGAGCAGGGUAAGCAGGAUGACCAGCAAGCCGCGCGCUCGAGCGGCCCGCCUCGCGCCCGAGGUCGACUACCAGGAGCAGGCGCAGGAGAGCAGUGUGAGCAGGAUGACCAGCGUGCCGCGCGCCCGCGCCCGACCCGCCGCCGCCGCCCGAGAUCGACGACGAGGAACCGGCGCAGGAGCGUGCCGCGCGCCCGAGCGGCCCGCCUCGCGCCCGUCCGGGCCCGACCCGCCGCCGCCGCCCGAGAUAGACGACCAGGAGCAGGCGCAGGAGGUUCGAAUCAAACAAGAACCCGAAGAGACCAGAAUAAAAGAAGAGAUCGAGGAAGACUGCGGAGGCAAGGGUAUGCGCGACGAGCCGCCCGGCGACCCUGUCGAGCAUAGCGACUUCGUGGUCAAGCACGAAAUCAAGCAGGAGAUCAAACAAGAAAUUAAAGACGAGCCUGCAGAGGCCAGCUCCUUGGAGAACAAUACGGGCGAGCGCGGCGCGAGGAGAACCUUCGUCUUCAAGUCGGAGGAGCUCCGUCAAGCGCUCAUGCCGACCCUAGAGAAACUCUUCCGGCAGGAACCCGAGUCGUUGCCUUUCCGCCAGCCCGUGGACGCCCAGGCUCUCGGCAUCCCGGACUACUUCGACAUCGUCAAGAACCCCAUCGACCUGUCCACCAUCAAGAACAAGCUGGACCACGGCGAGUACAAAGACCCGUGGCAGUACGUGGACGACGUCUGGCUCAUGUUUGAAAACGCGUGGCUCUACAACAGAAAGAAUUCCAGAGUCUACAGAUACUGUACCAAGCUUUCGGAGGUGUUCGAACAAGAAAUAGACCCGGUCAUGCAGAGUCUAGGCUACUGCUGCGGCAGAAAGUAUACGUUCAACCCGCAAGUGCUAUGCUGCUUCGGGAAGCAGCUGUGUACAAUCCCGCGAGACGCCAAGUACUUCAGUUACCAGAACAGAUACACCUUCUGCCAGAAAUGCUUCAACGACAUCCAGGGCGACACCGUCACGCUCGGAGACGAUCCGCUACAACCUCAGACUGCAAUCAAAAAGGAUCAAUUCAAGGAGAUGAAGAAUGACCAUUUAGAACAAGAACCGUUCGUCGUGUGUAUGGACUGUGGUAGAAAGCAGCAUCAGAUAUGCGUGCUGCACCAUGACCAAAUAUGGCCUCAGGGCUUCUGCUGUGAUAAUUGUUUGAAAAUGAAAGGAGCUAAGAGGAAAGAGAACAAAUUUUGUGCUAAGAAGCUGCCUACCUCGAAACUUGGCAUUUAUAUUGAGACGAGAGUCAAUAAUUUUCUUAAGAAAAAAGAGGCUAGUGCUGGUGAAGUGCAUAUCAGGGUGGUUGCGUCAUCUGAUAAGAUGGUGGAAGUAAAACCUGGCAUGAGAUCCAGGUUUGUGGAAUCCGGCGAGCUGUGCGCUGAAUUCCCGUAUCGGGCAAAAGCGUUGUUUGCAUUUGAAGAGGUUGACGGAACCGACAUUUGUUUCUUUGGCAUGCACGUACAGGAGUACGGCAGCGAAAGUCCUUCGCCCAAUACGAGGCGUGUGUAUAUAGCUUAUUUAGACUCUGUACAUUUCUUCCAACCUAGGUUGUACCGAACCGCUGUAUAUCACGAGAUUUUAUUAGGUUAUUUGGACUAUGCAAAGCAGCUGGGCUAUACGAUGGCCCACAUAUGGGCGUGCCCGCCCUCCGAGGGCGACGACUACAUUUUCCACUGCCAUCCGCCCGAACAAAAGAUUCCUAAGCCUAAAAGGCUGCAAGAGUGGUAUAAGAAAAUGUUAGACAAAGGUAUAAUAGAGAGGAUAAUAUUAGACUACAAAGAUAUUCUGAAGCAAGCGAUGGAGGACAGCAUCUCGUCCGCGGCCGAGCUGCCGUACUUCGAGGGCGACUUCUGGCCCAACGUGCUCGAGGAGUCCAUCAAGGAGCUGGACCAGGAGGAGGAGGAGAAGCGCAAGCAGCUGGAAGCCGCCGAGGCAGUGAUAUUCCAGUCGUCAGAGGAAAACGAACAAGGCCCCGACGGCAAGAAGAAAGGCCAGAAGAAGGCGAAGAAAUCGAAUAAAUCAAAAGCCGCUCAGAGAAAGAACAGCAAGAAACAGAGCGACCAGCAGCAGGGUAGUGAUCUCAGUGCAAAGAUAUUUGCGACCAUGGAGAAACAUAAAGAAGUUUUCUUCGUAAUUAGGCUACAUUCCGCACAGUCCGCGGCGAGCUUAGCGCCAAUCCAAGACCCGGACCCGUUAAUAAACUGCGACCUGAUGGACGGGCGAGACGCGUUCCUGACGAUGGCCCGCGACCGCCACUACGAGUUCUCGUCGACGCGGCGCGCGCGCUUCUCCACCCUGUGCAUGCUGUACGAGCUGCACAACCAGGGCACGGACAAGUUCGUGUACACGUGCAACACGUGCAAGGCGCACGUGGAGACGCGCUACCACUGCACCGUGUGCGACGACUUCGACCUGUGCGUGCCGUGCUACGACAAGGAGGGCCAUCCGCACAAGAUGGAGAAGCUGGGCCUCGACAUCGACGUGGGCUCGUCGCCGGGCGACAUGAAGCAGGCCAACCCGCAGGAAGCGCGCAAGCUGUCCAUCCAGCGCUGCAUCCAGUCGCUGGUGCACGCGUGCCAGUGCCGCGACGCCAACUGCCGCCUGCCGUCCUGCCAGAAGAUGAAGCGUGUCGUCACGCACACCAAGAUAUGCAAGCGCAAGACGAAGGGCGACUGUCCUAUUUGCAAGCAGCUCAUCGCGUUGUGCUGUUACCACGCGAAACACUGUCAAGAAACAAAAUGCUCAGUGCCGUUCUGCAGCAGCAUAAAGCAGAAGCUAAAGCAGCAGCAGGUGCAGCAACGAGUGCAGCAAGCGAAGUUGUUACGGCGACGUAUGGCGGCCAUGAACACGCGCGCCUGCCCGGGCGCCGCGUCGCCGCCGCACCAGCCGCCCGCGCUGGCGUCGCCGCCGCCCUCCAAGCCGCAGCACUCGCUGCCGCACAACGUGCAGAAGGCGCUGCAGCAGGUCCAAGAGGAGGCGGCGCGACAGCAAGCGCCGUCGUACGGCAAACAAGGCGGCAUGGGCCCGCCGGGCGUCGGCGUGGGCGGCGUGGCCGGCGUGGGCGGCGCCGUGGGCGUGGCCGGCGCGGGCGUGGGCGUGGUCGGCAUGGGCGCGCGCGCCGAGUGGGCGGCUCGGUACCGCGCGCCGCCGCCGCUGCACCACGCGCACCACGCGCGGCUGCCGCACCACCACCACCAGCCGCUGCACCAGCCGCACCAGCAGCACCCGCCGCAUCAGCAGCUGACGUCGCUGCAGCACCCCGCGCUCACGCACCAACAGCAAACCCUCCAACAACAAAGAGCACCCGCGCCUCAGCAGCAACAAACGCAACCUCAGAUGCACCAGAAGGCGUUGCAGCAGCUGAUGGCGACGCUACGCUCGCCCACCACGCACAACCAGCAGCAGGAGAUACUACAGAUCCUCAAGUCCAACCCACCGCUCAUGGCCGCCUUCAUCAAACAAAGACAGAAUGCCCAAAACCAACAAGCCGCAGCGGGCGGUGUAGGCGGCGUGGGCGGCGUGGGUGGGCCUGGUGUGGGCGCGGUGGGCAGCGUGGGCGGAGUGGGAAGCGUGGGCGGCGUGGGUGGCGUCUGCGGCGUGGGCAUGGGCGGCGUGCCGCAGCAGCAGCCGCUGCAGCACAUGAUGCAGCCGCAGCAGCAGCAGCGGCUGCAGCAGAUGCAUCAGAUGCUGCCGCAGCAGCAGCAAGUCGGUGGCGUGACGCAAGUCCCGGGUGGAGUCCCGGGCGGCGUGGCAGGCGGCGGGCCGGGCGGCGGGCCGGGCGCGGCGCUGCACGGCGCGGGCUGGUACAAGCAGGGCGCGGGGCUGAUGGGCCUGCGCGCGCCGUUCGCGGCGGGCGCGCGGCGCUUCGGCUUCGGCGGCGGGCUGGCGCGCUCGCCCGAGGGCACGGCGUCGCCGCGGCGGCCCUCGCCCGCGCCCGAGGAGCAGCUGGCGCCGCUCACGCCGCAGGACCAGCUCACCAAGUUCGUGGAGCAGUUGUAGGGGCGGGCGCUGUACAUAGCGCGAGCGCGCCCACCGUCCGCCCCGAGCCGAGCGCUCGAUGUACAAAUUGUAAAUAUGAGGAA